UAAAACAUUAAAAACCAAUCGUGUGGUUUUGAGGAUUUCUUUCCCCCUCAUGUCUUUGAAGCGGAACUUUUCUGCAGGGACAUGGUUUCAGCGGCGGACAGUUUUAGCUGAUGGACCCCCUUAUGUUUACACGUGAGGUUUGUGCAGGACUGUAACAUAAAGAUUUUAGCGUUUCUAUCUUACAUGCCGCUGUUUGACCAGUAAGAGUAAAAAAAGACUUUAAUUUAAAAUGGGAAAACUGAGAAAGAAACACAACUGGAAGGGAAGACAGCAAAAUGAAACACAACAACCAGCAGAUGACGAGAAGACAGAAGUUGUUGUGGAGCUUCAAGAUGGGUCCAGGCUGAAAGGAGUAGACCAGAGCAACGUUUUGGUCCUCCCAGCUAACAAAUCUAAGAAGAAGAAAGUCUCAGUGACCCCAGUCUCCAACAAAAAGCCUCUCACCAAGAAACAGAGAAAGGAGCUGCAGAAAGUCCUGGAGCGCAAAGAAAAGAAAGCUCAGAGAGCGGACAUCUUGACCAAACUGGCUGAGGUGCAGCUUCCAGAGUCUGAGCUGAAGCUGCUGUACACAACGUCCAAACUGGGAACUGGAGACAAACUUUACCAGACCAAACAGUUACCGGAUGAAAUAAAAGACGGAGACUUGGGCCCAAAGAUCAGCAGCGUCAGCGGAGCGAACAGAAAAAGAAAAUGGAAAGAAGAGGAGGACGAAGAGGAGGAAGAAAACGCAGAAGAAAGCAGUGAUUUGGACACCUCGUCUGAUGAGGAGGAUGAAGAUGUAAAUGAGACCGCAGAGAUGACCAUCGCUCCGUGUGAAGAGACGGUGGACAAACAGGUAAAGGAACAACAAUCCAAAACAGAACCAGACGGACAGAAUGAGAAGAUUUCAGUUGAGAAGAAAGUUGAAAACAAGACGCCAUCGCAGCCGGCUGUUUUCAUCCCUGUUGACAGAUCUCCAGAAAUACAGGAGGCUCGUCUGAAGCUGCCUGUGCUGGCGGAGGAGCAGGUCAUCAUGGAGGCGGUGAGAGAAAAUCCCUGCGUCGUUAUCUGUGGAGAGACAGGAAGUGGAAAGACCACUCAAGUGCCUCAGUUCCUGUAUGAAGCCGGCUACGCCAGCGGCAGUGGAAUAAUCGGUAUCACAGAGCCAAGAAGAGUGGCGGCUGUCAGCAUGUCCCACAGAGUGGCCAAAGAGAUGAACCUGUCCACACGGGUGGUGUCGUACCAGAUUCGAUAUGAAGGAAACGUGACCGGCGAAACGAAGAUCAAGUUCAUGACAGAUGGUGUUCUACUGAAGGAGAUUCAGAAGGACUUCCUGCUCCAGAGGUACAGUGUGAUAAUCAUUGACGAGGCGCACGAAAGGAGCGUCUACACAGACAUCCUCAUUGGACUGUUGUCUCGUAUCGUCCCGCUCAGAAACAAGAAAGGUUUGCCGAUGAAGCUGCUGGUCAUGUCAGCUACUCUACGAGUGGAGGACUUCACAGAAAACACAAAGCUGUUUAAAACGCCGCCGCCAGUCAUUAAAGUGGACGCUCGUCAGUUCCCGGUCACCAUACAUUUCAACAAACGCACCCCGAUGGAGGAUUACACUGGAGAAGCUUUCCAUAAAAUCUGCAAGAUCCACCGGAUGCUGCCUCCAGGUGGCAUCCUGGUGUUUCUGACCGGUCAGGCUGAGGUUCACAAUCUGUGCAGAAAACUGAGAAAAGCGUUCCCCUUCAGGAGGGGAAACACAACCACAGGUGAAGACGAGGAAGCCGAGUCCUCAGAGGCGAUGAGGAGGUUUAAGAAGGCCAAACAGAAGAAGCCUGUUUCUCUGCCCCAAAUCGAUCUGGAUAAUUACUCCGCCCUCCCAGUGGAUGAAGGGGACGAGGACAGAGAGGCUGGGAUAGGAGACGAGGAGGACGAGGGCUCUGACCUGGAGAUCGGAGACGAUCCCACCAGUACAGAGGAGAAUCCUGAUCCAUCUAUUCCCCUCUAUGUCCUCCCUCUUUACUCUCUGUUGGCUCCAGAGCAGCAGGCCAAGGUGUUCAGGCCUCCUCCACCUGGAACUCGUCUGUGUGUGGUAGCUACUAACGUGGCCGAGACGUCCCUGACCAUCCCCGGCAUCAAGUACGUGGUCGACUGCGGUCGGGUUAAGAAACGUUUCUAUGACAGAGUGACGGGAGUGUCGUCUUUCAAGGUCACAUGGACCUCACAGGCCUCAGCCAAUCAGAGGGCAGGUAGAGCGGGACGAACAGAGCCGGGACACUGCUACAGGUUGUACUCAUCUGCAGUGUUUGGAGACUUUAGUUUGUUCUCAGAGGCAGAGAUCACUCGCCGGCCUGUUGAAGACCUGGUUUUACAGAUGAAGGACCUCAACAUAGAUAAGGUCGUUAAUUUUCCCUUCCCCACGCCUCCGUCUGCUGAGGCUCUAGUUGCAGCUGAGCAGUUAUUAGUGUCACUGGGAGCUCUGAAAGAGCCGCCUCGCACCGGAAGGGUAAAAGAGAUGGAGCAAGCGAGGCUGAGCUGUCCCAUCACCCCCCUGGGCAGAGCGAUGGCUUCGUUCCCCGUGGCACCACGUUACGCUAAAAUGUUAGCUCUCGGUAAGCAGCAGGAUUGCCUGCCCUAUGUCAUCGCUGUGGUAGCAGCCAUGACAGUCCGGGAGAUCUUUGCAGACCUUGACAGACCUGCACAAAGUGAAGAUGAGAGCUCCAAGCUCACCCAGAGUCGAGCCCGGCUGACCCAGAUGAGGAGGUUGUGGGCUGGACAAGGAGCGUCACUCCAGCUGGGGGAUCUCAUGGUCAUGCUGGGUGCUGUUGGUGCUUGUGAAUUUGCCGGUUGUACUCCUAAGUUUUGUGAGCAGAACGGCCUGAGGUACAAAGCCAUGGUGGAGAUCAGGAGGCUCAGAGGACAACUCACCAACGCAGUAAACGCAGUGUGUCCAGAGGUUGGAGUAUUUGUGAAUCCCAAGAUGACUCCGCCGACAGAACACCAGGUGGUUUGUUUGCGGCAGAUUGUUCUGGCCGGACUGGGAGACCAUCUUGCGAGGCGUGUACAGGCAGAAGACAUACUGGAUCCAAAAUGGAAGAAUGGAUACAAGACGCCUCUGCUGGACGACCCGGUGUUCAUUCAUCCCACCUCGGCGCUGUUCAAAACACUGCCAGACUUCAUCGUCUACCAGGAGAUCAUGGAGACCUCCAAGAUGUACAUGAGAGGUGUAUCAGCAGUUGAAGCAAAAUGGGUCCCCGAGCUUCUGCCUCAGUAUUGUCAUUUCGGCUCUCCUUUGGAGUCACCAUCGCCGUGGUUCUGUUCGUCCUCCGGCACUGUCAGAUGUCACCGUCCAAGCACCUUCUUCCGUGUCGGUUGGCAGCUGCCGGCGGUGGAGUUGGAAUAUCCGGACGGCCUGGAGCGUUACAAACUGUUUGCUAGGUUUCUGCUUGAAGGACAGGUUUGUCCGAAACUAAAGAAACACAGCGCCCUCCUUCUUUCAAACCCCUCCAUCAUGCUGAAAACGUGGGCAAAGCUGCAGCCCAGGACGGAGGCUUUGCUGGGAGCUCUGGUGUCAAAGAGGGUUGACAGCAGAGAUGCUCUCCUCACUGUCUGGAAAACGGACGACAAAUAUCUGUUGUCUGUGUAUUGCCAGUGGUUACCUGAAGCCAUGCAUCAAGACGUAGCCAAAAGUUGGCCUCCGAUAUAAAGACUUUCAUCUUAAAUGGAGGCAGAAGAUGAUAUUACACACUUGAUCAGAGACUGAGUUAAUCUGCAGAUCUGUAGAUGUCUUCACACCUGCCAGUUUUUUAAAUGAUCUCUCAAAAUGUAACCAGGAUACCACAACACUGCCUUUUCUCUGAUUUGUAUUUUAUAUACCGGUUCUGUGACUUGUACAGUUUUCAACGAGAGCUCUAUAAUAACUUUUAACUUGUUAUCAGUGUGCUGCUGUCAGAUAUGUCUGAUUUGGUCUUCAUAAGACUCAUUAAAACUGUUCUGAAUGA